AUGUCGGCUAAGAAAGCAGAACUGAAGAAAGCAAACCUGAGCAAGAACUACAAGGCAAUUUGCCUGGAAUUGAAGCCAGAGCCGAUCAAAACAUAUGAAUACAAAAGAAUUAAACCAGAAGGGCCAUUUACCAAAACGGGAGGGACGAGGGAGCUAAAGAAUGAUCUCAGGGAGGUGAGAGAAGAGCUCAAGGAAAAGAUGGAGGAGAUAAAACAGAUAAAAUGUGUAAUGGACAAGGAUUUUGAUAAACUCCAAGAAUUUGUGGAGAUUAUGAAGGAAAUGCAGAAGGAUAUGGAUGAGAAGAUGGAUGUUUUAAUAAAUAUACAGAAAAACAGCAAGCUUCCCCUUAGAAGAGGACCAAAGGAGCAUCAGGAACUCAGGCAGAUAGGAAAGCCUGAUGCAGACUCACAGCACCGGCUCAAGAAACUGGAGGGAGUUGAAGGAGCAUCGCUUUCUAUUCACAAGAAGAAUAUGGCACUACAGAAACUCAAAAAGGACCCACUGGACUCCCUUCAUCAACGUGGGACCUGCUAUGAGACUUCCACACCAGGGCUGGGCACCCUCCUCAUCCUUGGCAUCUGGAGCUGCAUUCUGAUGUACCUGUGCUUCAACCUCUACAUGACCGAGGAAAUGCUUCCAACUUAGUGCUGCCAUGGAACCCACCAGAGCUCCAGUUCCUCCUCCCCCAACUCCUUGAGCUGCACAGUAGAGGCUUGUUGCCCCUUCCAUACCACCCUGCCCCAGGCCUCCCGCCAUCCGGAUUAAAAUCUUCAUUGAAAGCCAAA